AUGGCGGAAAGCGAGCCAUCAUAUAUAGAUUAUGAAGCCUUUCUGAAUCCUAAUUUCUCUCCGGCUGCAUUUGCAAAUUCUCUAGUACUAAGUACUAAUAAUGCGACGGACACAUCGCUGGAUCUCUCCACACCUUUGUCGCGGGUGCUUUUCGAUCUGCAGGAGAUCGAUACGCAUAUUCACACGCUGACGACGAGAUCUGCACUUCCCCUGCUUACGCAUACUCAGGGCCAGGUCGGGUCGGCAGGACGCAUCCUCAAAGAGGUCGAAGAGCAGACUGCUUCUGUGACGCAGGGAUAUGCGCGGUUGGAGGGGGAGGUUCUGCGCAAGUGGGAAGCCGCGGAGGAGGCAAGGGUUGCGGCUCAGAAGUCCCUGGAAACCAUGCGGCUGACGAGGGCAGUUGCGCGCUGUCUUGCGCUGGGCCGGCAAUUGGAGAACCAGCUUGCGGAAGCUUCUUCUAAGGGUCGGGGCGACGGAGGCGUGCCUCGGGAUGACUUUCGAGCGUUGGAACGAGCCGCGUAUACGAUUGUGAACCUGCGGCGAAUGCUCUCUUCCGACUCGGAGGGCGAGGAAGGUUACGGGCUGAAUCGGGUGAGGAUUAUUCGGACGCUGAAGGGUGAUUUGUUGUUCCCUGCAGAGAACGUGGUCAAGGCAAGAGCGCAGCAGGCAUUGAACCGGUUCUCCGUGUCGGGUGUAUCUGCGGGUGAUGAGUCUGGGUCUGGGCCGGCGUCGAUGUCCUCUGGUUACAAACAGGCUCGAGAUGCGAGGACGCGAUUAGUCUCCGCUGUAACGGCCUUGUACAUACUGUCACCAGUGCCGAAACGGACGGUUCCCGUCUCGGAUUAUCGACCGGAACUUCUUCUUUCGUCGCUACAGGGCUACAUGUAUUCGGCCAUCUCAUCAUCAUUGACGGCGCUUACGAGAGGACUCUCCAUGCUCCCUACACUGGAGCGAACGCUCUCGGACAUCUCGGCAAGGUGCCAGGAUAUAGUCGCGCUGGAGGCUAUCCUCAGUACACUCAGACCGCCAACCCACCCAUUGUUGCCUUCGACCGCGACAUCCAGUGACAGCGGCCAUGAUCCACACGCAAAGACCCAAUCGCAAUCGCAAACCGUACCGACCCAGCCGAGCAAUCUCCUCCAGCCGCUACUACAGUCCCUCGACACCUCAUCGUUACCAUCUUACUUUUGGCGGUCGCUGGCAUCGUCGCUCGCGUCGCGCGUGCAGGAGAUCCUGCAUCGCGGCGGUGUCUCGGCACGGGCACUUCGAUCGAACCGGGAGCGACUGAAAGCGGAUAUCCGGGAGUGUGUCCUGCGGGGCUCGCGGCUCUCCGCAACGGCGGGACUAGGCGGGAAGGGACGAAGUGGUGAGGCUGUCACGACGGGGAACUGGGAGAGAGAAGCGGCAGUGAUGGUGCACUCGGUAGUUGGAGUACUGGGUAGGUAG